AUGUCUCGCGAGCAGCAAGUUCCUGUCGAGGACCUCGACGACAUUUGGGUUCAACACGCCAGUGUCAUUCGAGGACUAUAUCUGCAACGCCAGCCAAGAUUGAGUUUACGUGAAGUGCGAAACAUCAUGAUGAAAGACCACGACUUUCCUGAUUUCAAGCUGUGUACUUGGGAAACCAAGCUCCGAGACAAGCUUGGUCUUCGUAAGAAGUUAAGAAAGACCGAUUGGCCGAUAGUUUGGAGGCAUUGUAUCCAACGCGGACAUCGUGGGAAAACAAGCGCAGUCUACCUCCAAGGAGUCCCGGUCCCUUCGCAGAGGGCAUGGGCUGAAAUCAGAAGACAGGGCGCUCGCAUGGGCGGUAAAGAUGUCAGAUCUACAACAUCAUUUCUUUGA